UACUGUAUGGCCCAUCUGCAAUUCAUGGGGGAAAAGUGCGUACAGCACAAUAGUAGUUUUCUGCCAACACAAUCUCCCGCUUUUGCUAGCGACGACAUCAAACCUCUCAAGCGUGCCCAUUUUAUACUUCCUAAACUCAUCACAGUUUACCCUAUAUCCUCUACCAACUCUCCGUCAACACCGACGCUCAAAGAUGAGAAGCGGGCAAUUGAAGAGAGAGAAGCGGAGAGACGCAGCGGAGUUGUCCGAGGUAACUCUAUUGGUCUGAACGAAACGGAAGAUUGGUGGAAUUUGGAUAAGGUGGAAUCGUUCUACAGAGAGUGUUGCGCAUCGAGAGAGGAAGAACCAGAUCCCGCAAUUUCGGCUGCCUUUAAGGUGACCAAAUUUACUUGUGGGUUCCGAGAGUACAUCAAGCUAAUCUCGAAUGCGGCUGCACUCAACAGCGCGCAUCAGGCACAAAUCCUGGGUCGAUAGCGGCAGUGAAAUGGUCGGCGGCUUCGUCGUAGCGUGCGCCAUCCAAGGCCUU